AUGGAAGAUCAAGUAGAAGUCAAGAAACCUUCCUUUUUAAGAAGAAAAUUAUCCAAUUUAUCAUUACGCAAAGAUGUCCUAUUGACUCCAGACGAUAAUAAUAAUACAAGUCUUAGUCAGACAAGCUCAGGAUAUGCAAGUGAUGUCUCAUCGAUCAUACCUACACCCACAUCAAGUACAGAGAGAGCCAGACCACUGAUAGUGCUUUAUGAUAAAUAUAAAAAUUAUAAAAAAGGCAAGAUCAUUGGGACAGGAGCAACGGCCAAGAUAAGGUUGCUGGAACCACGUCAUGGUGGAGAUAAAGUAGUUGCGAUGAAAAUCUUUAAAAAGAAGGACAAGGACGAGACAGAAAAGGAAUACGAUAAACGAAUGACAAGUGAGUUUUGUAUAUCAAAGACACUAUAUCAUCAACACGUUGUACAAGUGUUUGAUCUGCUUAAAGACAGAAAGGGAAGAUGGUGUAGUAUUAUGGAAUAUUGCUCGGGCGGAGACUUGUUAUCUGUUAUACAGCAGGUGGAUUUAAAUGAUAAUGAAAUCGAUUGCCUAUUUAAACAAUUACUACUCGGCCUAAACCAUAUUCACUCAAGUGGAGUAGCACAUCGUGAUAUUAAACCAGAAAAUUUAAUCAUGACAAACGAUGGGAUUCUCAAGAUUGGUGACUUUGGUGUGGCCGAUGUGACUCAAUCUUGCUUUGAUACAGAGCCAAGAUAUUGUAGAGGAAGAUGUGGGUCAGAACCGUAUUGGUCACCCGAAAUAUAUAUAUCGAAUGAAUAUGAUGGAAAAGCUUUGGAUAUCUGGAGUUGCGCAGUCAUUUGGCAUAUUAUGCUUUAUAGACGUAUUCCUUUCCUCAAGGCUAAUGAACAAGAUGAAAAAUAUAUUGAAUUCCUAGAAUCCAAGAGAGAUUGGUUACCUCUAUCCAAAUGUACUGAUCUCGAAAAGGAUGUUCUGUUUGGCAUGCUAGACAUUAACCCCAUGACUCGUUGGACAAUAGAUCAAUGUUUAAACUCGAAUUGGAUCAAUUCAAUCGAGUUGUGUUUUAAUAAUAAUAAAAAACAUAACCAUCACUUUUCUUAA